AUGUUUUAGGAAAUGGCUGUGUCGAAAUUAGAAGAAUUAAAGCUUAACGACUCAUCUCAAUUAAAAACUCAAAGAAAGAAUAUUAAAAAUGCUUUAUUCAACUCAAAAUAAGUUAAAAUAAAUUUGGAAGGAGUUAUCUGAAUCAAUAAACCAAUAAACCAGAUACAUGAUUUGCUUGAAAUGCAUGAUAAAUUCUAUAUGAAUAUCUUUCAAAACAAUGAUAUUCCUAGAGAUUGUCAAAUACUGGAAAUGACAAAGAAACUGAGCCUUUUUGUGAAAAGUUAAAUACAGAAUUAAAAGGGAUUAUGCAAUUAAUAGAACAGAAGGUAAGUAAUUAAUAAGAAAACAUUCAAUAAUUAAAAGAAAUAAUAUAAGUUUAUAACAGAAGGGAAGAUUUGUAUUAGGUAUUGACUUACACUAAGAACUUUGAAAGAUCCGACCUUAAUUAGUUACUUUAGAUGCUGAGAAAUAAGAAAAUAACGAAUUGUUUAGAAUUCUUUAAAGAUAAAACUCAAUUGAAAUUUAUCGCUUCUGUGAUGUAAAAUGUUAACGAAAUAGACUUUAAUAAGAAGAACUAUUCACUGAGAAUUAUGAUUAUUUCUUUUAUAUUUGAUCUAAUCAUGAAAAAUGGCUUUCAUUUUUCAGGGAAAUAAAGUUAUUAUUACAGUUUAUUUUCAAUUAAUCAAGAAUACUUUAUUAAUGUAUUUUUUACUAAUCAAAUUCAAAUAAUGCUUGAGUAAAUAUUAAUUAAUUUCAAUGAAUCAAGUAUGGGGAUCAAGUCAAACAAAAUCAUAGAAAAAUAGUUUAGAAAAAGGAUAGCGCAAAAAGCAUGCAUUUGA